CUCUUCCUGCCGCGCCCUCUUGGCGCCGGCCGGGGCGGGCCGAGCUGGCCGGGACCGCGGCGCCGGCGUCCGCGGGACAUGACGGCGGGCGGCCGGGCCGAGGGCUCGGAGCCCGACGCGGCGCGGCCGCCCUCGCGCGGGGCGCGGGUGCUGUCUGCGCUCUUCUACGGGGCCUGCUCCUUCCUGCUUGUGCUGGUCAACAAGGCGCUGCUGACCGCCUACGGUUUCCCAUCACCAAUUGUUCUUGGAAUUGGUCAGAUGGCAGCCACCAUAAUGAUACUGUAUGUGUCCAAGCUAAAUAAAAUAAUUCACUUCCCUGAUUUUGACAAGAAAAUUCCUGUAAAGCUGUUUCCUCUCCCUCUCCUCUAUGUCGGAAACCACCUCAGUGGAUUAUCAGGCACAAGUAAAUUAAGCUUGCCCAUGUUCACGGUGCUCAGGAAGUUCACCAUCCCGCUGACUCUACUCCUGGAGACCAUCGUACUCGGGAAACAGUAUUCAUCAAGUGUCGUCGCCAGCGUCUUUGCCAUCAUUCUGGGGGCUUUCGUCGCAGCUGGGUCUGACCUUGCUUUUAACCUGGAAGGCUACAUCAUUGUAUUCUUAAACGAUAUCUUCACGGCAGCCAAUGGAGUAUACACCAAGCAGAAAAUGGACCCAAAGGAACUAGGGAAAUAUGGGGUGCUUUUCUAUAAUGCCUGCUUCAUGAUUAUUCCAACUCUUAUUAUUAGUGUCUCCACCGGAGACCUUCAACAGGCUACUGAAUUCAACCAGUGGAAGAAUGUCCUGUUUGUCAUGCAGUUUCUUCUUUCCUGUUUUUUGGGAGUUCUGGUGUGGGGGCCGCUGCCGACUCUGCCCGACCUGUCGCCCCCCCAGCAUGGCCGGGGCUGGUUUCAGCUCAGCUGUUGGUUUCUUGGACUCAGGUUCCUACUGAUGUACUCCACGGUCCUGUGCAGCUACUACAACUCGGCCCUGACGACAGCGGUGGUUGGCGCCAUCAAGAAUGUAUCCGUUGCCUACAUUGGCAUGUUCGUGGGUGGAGACUACAUUUUCUCCCUGUUAAACUUUGUAGGGUUAAAUAUUUGCAUGGCAGGUGGCCUGAGAUAUUCCUUCCUAACACUCAGCAGCCAGUUAAAACCUCAGCCACCCGGGGAUGAAGAAAGCAGCCCCCUGGAUUUGAAGCCGUAGAAUCUGGGCAGAAUGCAGACUGGGGGCGCAGGAGGGCACUCCUUGCAGGGGUGCCAAACCAGAGGUUCCCGCGAGGGGCGUUCACCCGCUGGUCAAGAGCGCCCACAGGACUGCCGCACAAAGCAAAGUCAGCUACCUCAACGCCUUGCGCCCUGAGCCACCAGGGCCCUGGGGGCCGCGCGUGCGCAGAACCCGAGCAGCUGGACGCGGAUCUUUGCCAAGGAGAGACUUGGGCCGGAGGAGCUGCAGCGUCCCUUGCGGAGUGCCGCCCAGCCUUGUGUGCUCACGAGGAGGGCGAUGAUCCACGGUGACUUCUUACCAGCACCUUUGCUUUAAUUUCAAUGGUCAGUGAGAACAUAUUUUCCCCUUCGUUUAAGCAAAUCUACUUUAAUAAAACGAUCCAAUUAA